AGCUAAACGAGAGAGUAGAAAUAAAACAGGAAAUGUCUAUGAAAGCACUAGAUAAAGCUGAGGAACGGCAUGAGCAAAAAAACUUUGAAAUAGCUAUGCAGAAGGAUGUUUUUAUAUUUAGCCAGCAACAGACAAUAGAAAAAUUGAGAAAGGAUUUAGAUGCCAGGGAUGAGAAAAUAGCCAAAUUAACUAAACCUAAGAAGUUUCAGCAACUCUGA